UUGGUCCUCAACUGCUUAGAACUUUUAACAGCUAAAAUAAUUUGUAAUAAACGUAACGCAAAAUGGAUUAAGAAUGAGGUACAGGUCGAAGUGAGUACUCAUACCGGGCAGUCUCACCUCAAAACAUAUUCCCAUGGAUAAAGUAGAAUGGAUAAAGUCUCAAAAUGAAUAAAUUAUUUUAUAUAAUUUUCCCUUAAUUAAUAUGGAUAAAUUAUUGUAUAUCAUUGCUAGUUAUUGGCAACCCUUGGCCAUCUAAUUAAUUUAUCAUUGUCUAUGGUUUUUUGGGGGGAUACAUAUGUAGUCAAGAUGGUUCGAUUUGGACAUGAAUGAUCAUGUGAAUAACGUGAAAUACGUGUAUUGGAUCCUAGAUAGCGUCCCACGCUGGCUUCCAGAGGGACAUGAACGUGGUGCAGUGUCAAUGGAGUUCAGAAAAGAGGUUGCUAUAGAUACCAUUGUGCAUUCUCUUUCCAAGGUCAUUAACGAUGAUAAUGCAGCCGCCGGGAAUGGGAACGGCGGCGCCGACGACCAUGGCAAUGCGUCGCCCGUGGAGAUGGAUCAUUUGUUGUGUCUCGAGGACGGGUCUGAAAUAUUGAGGGCAAGAACAACUUGGAACCCUAAACCAUAAUUAAAACAGAUAAAUCUCGAUUGCAUGGUGGAUUCUUAUGAAUAUUCAUGUGCGAUUGAGUAAUGAGCAUAUGGGUGAGGGUACUAUAUGAACAUCAUUAGGAUGAGAAUUGAGAUGUGAUUGUUCCCUAAUCAUGCAUUGAAGAUGAUCAAUAAAGGACACACAAGAGAGCUAUAUACUAGUACAAGGUUUCUGUAACCUUUGUCCCAUUGUUUGUACUUUAUGUUUCAACCAGGUUAUUCUUCUUUCUUCUACCGUUCUCACUAGUACUAUUUAUAAAUAAUAAUAAAUUAUGACUAUAUCUAUGGUGACUUAUAAGUCACCAUGACUUGAAGAAAGCGAUUUAUCGUUUACGGCAAGUAGUCGGUUCACCAUUUUCGGUCAAUCUCUUACAACGAACGAUCGAUCAAAUAACAUACUUAAGUAGUUGUUGGGCAUAUGACUCGGGCCUAGCCGCGCCGAAGGAACACAUCGCGACCGAAUACCCCCCAGCAUGGCCGCGCGAAGACCCUGAGCGCGACACCUCAGCGUGGUUCACCACGUCCCGGCGCGAGAAGCUUAGGCGCGGAACGGGAAGCUUAGGCGCGGAACGGGUCGCACGCAGGUAGGAAGGUCAUAGCGUAGACCAGACCAAAGGGAUGUGGAAAGCGUAGUUUCCCUCCCCAAGGGUAGUCACAUCAGGGCCCUAGGCGUGGUCCCAGAUAGGUCUCUGACACGUCCUAGGUAGAAGCAUGGCCUAAAUCCUUAGUAUGUCAGUAGUCACAUCAUUGUAUCCUCACAUGAGUCAACCACUCACCCACCACCAUGUAGCCUAUAAAUAUGGCAUUUACUA